GAACUUUUCUUGCGGGCGUGUGCCCGGGAGGAACACUUCACGGGCUGCGCUCCGUCUGGUGACUGGAAGUAGGCAGAGGGGUCAUGGCUCGAUUGAUUACAGUUUAUGUCAUAUUUACGUCAAAAGUUAACAUUUUUGCAUUUUAGCUAACCCUAAUCAUUUUCCUAACCUUAACCUAAUUCUCAUAACCUGCUACGUUAAUUAUCCCAACCUGCAGCAACAGUUAAUUCUGGUCAAUUCUGACAUAAACUGUAUACCAUCUAGUCAUAACUACAUAACUAGGCAGAGUGGGAAGUUUCAACUGUUGGACCUGCCAUAGUAACCUUACCAUCGCGGGCACGCGCCCAUGUAAGCAACCCAGUAAUAGCCUACAAAGCAGGCACCAUUGUGGAAUAAGACUUUACCGUUAACGUUUUUAAAUGUUUGAGUCCCCUCGAAAAUCGAUAAAUGAACAGGACGCAUUGUCAAAGAGCCAGGAGGAGUUGAAUGAGACGCCACCGGGGUCUCCGGUGAGUACAGGCAACCGUGGGAAGAAGAACAAGAGAACGCAACAACCAAAACAACCCGAUAAACUCUCGGUCUCAGCUGCACAGCUUUGCGCGGACGAGUCGUGUGAGCAAGAACAAGAACAGUCAGAGAAACAGUACACCGAUUACGACACAGACGAACCGAUAGUGAGAGGGAUAUUUCAAAUAGGGAAGAAGAGUCACGACGUCCUUCUGUCAUCGACGAGGGUGACAUGGAGUCUUAUUCAGCCAGAGACCCCUACAGGUGACAUGUCUUUGCUUCCUGUGCAUCUGAAGGAUGUGUUUGAAGUGAAGGUGAAGAGACAUCGUUCUGCUACGGGCCAGCAGACAGGGGCCACUCUCUUGGGCAUCACUCUGUUCCAGUGUAAGAAGAAUGGACCCAAGGUGAAGGACCAUGCCAUUCACUUCAACAACAUGAAUGUGGACCACUGUGAGAUCUGGUUUUAAAAAAUGAAGGAGAUACUCAGUGGCCAGAACAGGCCCAAGUCCCUGAAGGUGUUUGUGAACCCUACCAGCCAUAAGAAAGAGGCCUAUCAGAUCUACAGAGACUAUGUUGCACCACUGUUUCAGCUAGCAGACAUCAAGGCUGAUGUCACCAGUAAGUGUCCCAUGAGAUCACUGAAAGAAAAGGGGCACGCUUUAUCCAUUCUGUGCAGAAUCUAAUUGAAUGAAGAUGAUGGGGUUGUGGCUGUCGGUGGGGACGGCUCGGUGGCCGAGGUGGCCCAUGGGUUGUUGCUGCAGGCCCAGAUGGAGUCAGGCAGGGACACAGACUCCAUGUUCACGCCUGCCCAAGCACCACUUCCUCUAGGGCUAAUACCAGCAGGCUCCACUGACGCGGUGACGUGUUCUCUCCAUGGCAUAUCGCACCUUGUUACCACUGCAAUGCACAUCAUCAUGGGUACACACGUGCCAGUUGAUGUGUGUAGUUUCAGUUCUCUGGGUCGCUCCCUGCGUUUCGGCUUCUCUGCAAUGUAUGGUUUUGGCGGGCGGACGCUGGCCCUGGCGGAAAGGCAUCAAUGGAUGCCACCUGGGCAGAAACGGGAGUUCGCUGUGAUCAAAACGCUAGCAAACCUCAAUGUGGCACUGUCCAUCACUGAAACCCCGUCUUCUCUAGAAGAGCAAGAGUUGUGGAUGACCAACCAGGGUCUGUUCCUCAAUGUCAGCAUCAUGGCCGUCCCCUGUCUCUGCUCCAUGGCCCCCAGGGGCCUGGCCCCUAACACCAGAUUGAACAAUGGAAGUAUGGCCUUGAUCGCAGCAGGAAACACUUCCAGGUCAGAGUUCAUCAAACACCUGAAGAGAUACAAAGAUGUAAACAAUCAGUUCAGUUUCUCCUUCGUGGAGACACACAUGGUGCGAGCUGUGAGGCUUCGCCCCCGCUCUCAGAGGAGCUGGUCUGACGAUGUCUGCGAGGACAAGGAGUGUGAAUCUAAGAACACACCCAUAAUCUCCUCAGAGGGGACCUACCCUUGGAACGUAAACGGAGACCUACUGGAGGUGCGCUCAGAGCUACUCAUCAGGGUACAUCCCCAACUCCUGACCCUGUUUGUUUCACCACCAGGAUACAUCCCACUCAAUCUGACCCUGUUUGUUUCACCACCAGGGUACAUCCUCAACUCCCUGACCCUGUUUGUUACCACAGGGUACAUCCUCAACUCCUCUGACCCUGUUUGUUUUCACCACAGGAGGGUACAACUCCCACUCCUGACCCUGGGUUCUGUGAAGUUCAAUGGAUACAUCCCCAACUCCCUGACCCUGUUUGUUUCACCACCAGGGUACAUCCCAACUCCUGACCCUGUUUGUUCACCACCAGGGUACAUCCCAACUCCUGACCGAUUUGUUUGUUUCACCACCAGGUACAUCCUCAACUCUCUGACCCUGUUUGUUUCACCAGCAGGUACAUCCUCAACUCCUGACCUGUUUGUUUACCACAGGUACAUCCUCAACUCUGACCCUGUUUGUUUCACCACAGGGUACAUCCUCAACUCCUCUGACCCUGUUUGUUUCACCAGCAGGGUACAUCCUCAUCUCCUCUGA